AUGAAUUAACUUGAAAUUAGUGAUGAAGGAGUUGCAGAACAAAUUGUAGAAUUAUGUGAGCAAAUCAAUGAAGGGAUCUGGAAUGAUGAAUCUGAAAUUUUAGAGUCGUUUAAAGAAAUAUUUGAAAAUUUGAAUGAGUAAAAGUAAAAAACUGCUCUUGUUUACAUUAAGAAUAAUUAAUCAACCUAAAUAUAUGUUAAGAAACUUGAAUUGUAAUUCUUAAAUACAGAAGCUCAUUAACCUUAAAUAGAAGAGGUAAUUGAUUAUAAAAAUAUAUAUAAAUAAAUAACUCAUCAACAUACAGAUUGGUAAUAAUUAAUAAAUCUCUUAAAAUAAAAAGAAUUCUGUGAAUAAAAUAAUAUUAAUCCUGUAAUUAUAAAUAAUUUUGAAAUUCUAUAAAAACUUAAAGUAAAAUUAUUCAGCCUAUUAAAAAUAAGUGAACUAACAUAAAUUAAAGAAUUUGGAUAUCCUUAUUUGAAUAUGAUUAAAGUUUUAUUAGGAUUUAUUGAAAAGGAUAAUGAUCUAGAUGAAUCAGAGGCAAAAAAAUUAGAAAUGAUUAUUGGAGCUUUAUUAGAAAAAUAAAUAAUGUAAUUUUUAGAAUAUGAAGAUAAUUUAUUUUAAUCUUAAAACUCUGAAAUGAUCAAAAAAAUGAUCUUUGCUAUAUAACAAGAAGGAAAAAAAUAUUAAGAUUUUUCAACUGAAUUAUGUUCUCUCACCUUUGAUUAAAAAAUGUUUAUUAAGAUAUGUACUAUUCAAACAAAGGAAAAAGCAUUAGAAAAUAUCAGAAAAUAAAUUUCAUUGUUAUUUUAUUGUGAGAACUUAAAAUGGGAAUAAAAAUUGGAGAUGAAAAAUAUAGAUUAAAAUAUUCUUAAGUAUCAUGGAUUUGAAAGUUUAUACUUUAGCAUAAUUUUCUACUUUUGGCAGUAAUACUGUUAUCAAAAAUAUGGUGAAUUGAAUCAAUUUCAAAUUAAUUUAAAAAAAUUGACUAAAAUUGAAUAAAAAUCUAAAUUAAUAAAGGGUUUUAUUUCUAAAGCAAAAUAAAAUAGUUAAGAUUAAAUUUAUCUGUUUAUGAUCCAUCAUUCAAUACAAUUUUCAUCUGAAAAAAAAGAAUAUAUUAUUGAUGAAGAAAAAAUAUAAAACUAUUAUGAAUUUUAGCAAAAUAAUUAUAAUUAAAUUUGUACUGUAUUUGAAUGCAGAAUAGAAAAUUUUUUAUAAACUGAUUUAUAUUGUUAAUUAAACAAUUUAAGAUUUAUACCUUUAUUUAAUUUGAAAAAGAUAAUCCAAUAAAGUAAAUAAAAUUAAUAUGUUGAUCAAAUUCAAACCAAACAAUAAAUUGAUAUAAAUUUAGAUAAUGAUAUUACUUAAAUACAGCAAAAUCAAUCAAUAAAACAAUGUUCAUAAGAUAUUAUCAAUCAAUGUAUUGAGACAAAUUUAACAGAAUAACAAGUUUGUAUUAUUUCACUGUUAUUUUAAAAUCCUUAAAGAGAAUUUUAUAAUUAAACGAUCAAAGAUUUAGUAUUAAAAUUUAUAUUUCAGCAAAGUGAUGACAUUCAUACAUACAUAAAUGAAUUAAUAAAUUAAGAAUAACAUUUAUCAUUUGGAGAGGUUGUAUUAUUAUUAGAAUUGUUGAGUCCAAAAUUUGAAAAAAAUAUAAUAAGUAUCAUAAAACUCUAUAAACUAAAUUAAUCCUUAAAACUUAUUAGGGUAGUAUUUUGCUUAAUUUAAUUUUUUACAGUUAAUUAAUAAUUAGUAGGAAAGCAAGAAGAAUUAUAAAUAAAAGAAUCAUUAUAAUUAUCAGUAGAAUUAACCAAGUAGUUAUUGUAAUUAAAUGAAAAAGAGUUACUUUCACUUAAAAUUCUGUUUGGAAAGAAAAAAUUCUAAAUACUUUUAGUGGCUGUAGUCAAUUAAUAUUUAAUUUCAGACAUUAAAGCUAAGACUUAUUACAUGAAAAUUCUAAAAAUAUUAGUCCCAAUGUGUCCAGGAAAAUAUCAUGUUUCAAUUUAAACAUUCAGAAUCUUAUUUUUAAGUAUAAGACCUGGGUUAUUGAAUUACUUAUUCUCAUUAAGUAAAAAGCAAAACAUUACACAAGAUGAUUUUAAAAAAACCUUAAUAAUAAUUUUUACAAUUAUGGUAAAUAAGAAUCAAUAGACCUCAAAAUUUAUACUGUCUAACCUACAUUAUUUCUUUACUCAGUCUUGUUAUGAUUUCGAUUAGAUUUGGAGAACUAGACAAAUGUAAGUUAUGGAUAAGCAUAAUUUUAAGUUUAACCUAAUUAAAUUCUUAAAUUCCAGAUACAUGAUCAAAAGUUUGGUGGAAGAAUGCUUUUCUCUAUUUAAGGAGAAUCCUCAAUUUUAUAAGGAAUAGCUUGGAAAAGUAAAUUAUUUUAAAAAUAUCUAAAUACAUUCUGUUUAUUUUCUCCAAAAAAAUAUAAUUGAUUAAUGCCCAUCAGAUGGUUGCUUUUCACUUGAAGAUUUCAAUAUCUCAUUAACUGAAACAUCAUCCCAAUAAGAGAAGAAAAUUGUGUAGGAUUGGAUGGAUAAUAUAAAGGAUACAUAAAAAUUUAAAUAACUAAUUCCGUUUUUUUUUAACAUUAUUAAGAGAGGGGAGUCAUCAAAAAAGUUAUUGUCAAUAAUCACAACAUUCAAAAACUAAAAUAAAGAGUCUAUAAAAAUUAUCAGCAAUAUGAAAGCAUUGUUUUAAUUAUUUUAUAACAAUUCUAAUGAUGAACUUAAGGUUAUGUUACUUAAACUCUACCAAAAUAUGUAUCCUGUCCCUUUAAUUUUUCAAAAUCCAUCUUUAUAAACUGCUAAAGAAGAAAUUGAUUUAUAUGGAUUUAAUGAGAAACUGUAUUAUGUAUUUUAAACAUCUUUUCCUAUCAUUAAUUUUUCCUUAAGCUAAAAGUAAGCUUAAAUAGGGAAGACAGAGUUAAUAAAUUAAUUGUUUUACUAGUAGGAUAAAUUUGAGACAUAGGAUACUUGCCAAUUAAAUAACAAUACUAUUGAUAUAAUGUUUGAUACAUAAUUUAAUGGAUCAAGAAAUUUUAGUGUUGCUGAUGCUCAUGGCUAAUUUCCAAUAGAAUUAUUAGUUAAAAUUUUGCCAUUAUUCCGAAUGUGGAUUCUACAAUUUGAUUCAGAAUAUGAACUUAUUGAAAAUUAUAGAAAGUUAUAGGAAAUCAAGAAAAGCCUGCCUAAACAAAAUUCUACAAUAUGUUUUAUUAUAAGAAAUUACAAAGGAGAGUUAGAAGAGAAUAUUAUUAAUGAAGAAUUAAAGAAAAAUUUAGAGCAGUUGAAAAAAGAAGGAAUAAAAGUACAUAAAAUAAUUGAUUUGGCUUAGAAAGGUUUGGAUAAAUCUUUAAAAGAGUAAGAAUUGUAACUUGCCUAAUCUUUUAUUUUCAAUGAGAUCACUAAAGUAAAUUAACAAUAAUCACUAGUCACUAAUUAAGAUUUUUUAGGAAUAAUAUAAAAAUUUGAUUCAAAAGAAAAAAAAGUAUCUCAUUAAUUUUUAUAAGACAGGUUUAUCAUUAAAGAUUUAGAAAAUGAACUAAAUAGAUUGGUUUAAAAACCUAUGGGAUUUUAUGAUUAAGAAGCUUUUCCAAUUAGAUCCAUAGAAUACCAAUUAAAGAUUUUAAAAGAAAGAGAAAUCUAAUUGAUUCAAUAAAAAAAUAAUACAAGUUAAAUUUAAACAAACAACUAAAAGGAGUUUGACAAAAAUCAAGAUAACAAAGAAUAUGAAGAAACAAAGUAAUAAAUAAUCAAAUUAGAAGAUUCAAUUAAGAACGCUGAAUUAUCAAACCUUUUAAAUAUGUUUUGUAAAAUAUUUGACUAAAGCUCAUACUAUAUUUUAUAUUUAUAAUUUACAGAUUAAGUUAGAAAAUUUAAUGAACGUAACACUUAUGAAUUGUAGGAAAAAAAUCAAAUUAUUAAUGAAAAAUUGAUGAAACUUAAAAAAGACAGGGAUUAAAUAAAGCUUAAAAAGAAUGAAACUAAUAAAGAAUCUUCAUCAAUAAUAAAUUAUGAUGGAAAAAAUAAAAUAUAUAAAAAAUAACAAGAUGAACUAAAGCAGGAACUAAAAUAAAAUUUGGAAAAUAUAGCAUUCAGAAAUAUUGGGAUAGAAAUGUUUUGGAGAGAGCUUAUUGCAAUCAAUUAAAGAAGUUUGGCUCCUAUAUAAAUUGAUCCAGCAGAUAAGGUAUAUGAAAUGAUUAAAAAAGGGGAACCUUUUGAAUUUCUAGACGGAGAUUCUCUUUAGAUAAAUGCAAAAUUUUUGGAUGAACUUAAAAAUAAAUUCACAAAUUUGGGAAAAGAGAAGGUUUUAGUAUUAAGUGUUUUAGGACCUUAAAGUUCAGGAAAAUCUACUAUUUUANGAAAAAUUUAGAGCAGUUGAAAAAAGAAGGAAUAAAAGUACAUAAAAUAAUUGAUUUGGCUUAGAAAGGUUUGGAUAAAUCUUUAAAAGAGUAAGAAUUGUAACUUGCCUAAUCUUUUAUUUUCAAUGAGAUCACUAAAGUAAAUUAACAAUAAUCACUAGUCACUAAUUAAGAUUUUUUAGGAAUAAUAUAAAAAUUUGAUUCAAAAGAAAAAAAAGUAUCUCAUUAAUUUUUAUAAGACAGGUUUAUCAUUAAAGAUUUAGAAAAUGAACUAAAUAGAUUGGUUUAAAAACCUAUGGGAUUUUAUGAUUAAGAAGCUUUUCCAAUUAGAUCCAUAGAAUACCAAUUAAAGAUUUUAAAAGAAAGAGAAAUCUAAUUGAUUCAAUAAAAAAAUAAUACAAGUUAAAUUUAAACAAACAACUAAAAGGAGUUUGACAAAAAUCAAGAUAACAAAGAAUAUGAAGAAACAAAGUAAUAAAUAAUCAAAUUAGAAGAUUCAAUUAAGAACGCUGAAUUAUCAAACCUUUUAAAUAUGUUUUGUAAAAUAUUUGACUAAAGCUCAUACUAUAUUUUAUAUUUAUAAUUUACAGAUUAAGUUAGAAAAUUUAAUGAACGUAACACUUAUGAAUUGUAGGAAAAAAAUCAAAUUAUUAAUGAAAAAUUGAUGAAACUUAAAAAAGACAGGGAUUAAAUAAAGCUUAAAAAGAAUGAAACUAAUAAAGAAUCUUCAUCAAUAAUAAAUUAUGAUGGAAAAAAUAAAAUAUAUAAAAAAUAACAAGAUGAACUAAAGCAGGAACUAAAAUAAAAUUUGGAAAAUAUAGCAUUCAGAAAUAUUGGGAUAGAAAUGUUUUGGAGAGAGCUUAUUGCAAUCAAUUAAAGAAGUUUGGCUCCUAUAUAAAUUGAUCCAGCAGAUAAGGUAUAUGAAAUGAUUAAAAAAGGGGAACCUUUUGAAUUUCUAGACGGAGAUUCUCUUUAGAUAAAUGCAAAAUUUUUGGAUGAACUUAAAAAUAAAUUCACAAAUUUGGGAAAAGAGAAGGUUUUAGUAUUAAGUGUUUUAGGACCUUAAAGUUCAGGAAAAUCUACUAUUUUAAAUAAAAUAUUUGGAUGCCAUUUUUGGACAAGUGUUGGUAGAUGUACAAAAGGUAUUUAUUUAAAUUUGUUGAAAAUCUAAUUUAAAGAAUACUUUAAUAAUUUAUUUGAUUAUAUAUUAAUACUUGAUUCAGAAGGAUUAUAGAAUCCAAAUCAGAUUGAUCCUGAGUUUGAUAAAAAAAUUGCUCUUUUUGUCUUGGCAAUAAGUGAUAUCAUUUUGAUAAAUGUUAAAGGAGAUAUACAUCAACAAUUUAAAAAUUUGGUUGAAAUGUGCAUUUUUACUUUAGUAUCUAUGAAAUCUAAUCUCUCUUCUAUAAAGUAAUUAAGUUGGUGUUUUAAUUAAAAUAACGAUGCUAACAAUUUUGCUCCAUUUUUAAACUAAAUACAAGGAAUUGCCAAUAGUUUAAAUUUAGAAUAUAAUAAUGAGUAAGAUGCAAAAAAUUAAGCCAUUGAUUAUAAUGAAUUUUUAAAUAUUUCGAAAGAAAAUAUUUAAAUAUUAGGAUUUGCAUGUAUUGAGAAAUUAUGGAGAAAGAAUGAAAGUUUAGGUAUUAUUAACGAUUGGAGAUAAUUAAUAAUAAAUGAAACAUUUUCCGAAGAAGCUUAUCUUUAUGGAAUAAGAAUGAUUAAGAAUUUUAUAAUAAAGUUUUAAUCAUAAACUGACACCUCCCAAAUGUAAAGUUUAAGUUUGUUCAUAUAAAAUAUAAAUACUAAUUGGUAAACUAUUUGUAAUUUACCAGAUUUAUUGGAAUUUGCUGAAUUAAUCUAAUACAAACAAGAUUAAUUGAUGAAAAAUAAAUUUGAACAAAUUUAUGAUGAUUAAAAUUUUAGUUUUAAGAAUGAAAUAGCAAAUGAAAUAAAUGAUAAAAUUCGCAGUAACCCUGUAAAAAACUUGACCUUUUUUAAUAAAAUUUAAGAUGAAAAAAAUGAAGAUCUUAGAAUAAGGUUUAGCUAAAUUGAACAAGAUAUAUAAGAUAAACUACUAGCAUUUAAAUAAGAUAAACAAAUUUAAAAGAAGAUUUACUUGAAAUAUUUAAAGCAAUUAAGCCAACGUAUAAAUAGUUCCUUAAAAGAUUCAGAAGUAAUCGUAUUUGAAGAAAUAAAAAAUAUUGAAAGAGAGUAUCAAAACAAAAGGGGAUUUAAGUCACUUGAUGACUUUAUUCUUGGAAUUAGCAAAGAUCCAGAUUAAUUAGCUUAAUUCAAAGAAAAUGAGGGUGAAAUUAAAGCUGCAUUUAAUAAAUUAUGGGGGGAUAUUACAAGAGAAUCAGAGCAAAAGCAAAGUGAAAUAUUACAAGAAUAUUCUACCAAGCAAUAUUAAUGCAUUUCUUCUUCAUUCAAUGAAUACAAAUUAAACACAUAAAAUGAAUAAUUAUAUAUAACCUCAUUUCUUGAGAAUAUUAAUAAUAAUUCCCCUUUUCGAUAAGAUUUCGAUGAAAGAAUGUAAAUUUAUAAUAUUUUUGAAAAAGAAUUAAAAAGUUAGGUUUAAUUUCGACCAAUUUUUAACACAAAAGAAACAAUGAGAUAUGGAGAGGUAUUCCUUUAAAAUUUAGAAGAUCGGAUGAAAAGACCUAAGACUAAAUAUGAUGUAAUGGAUAUUAACAAUUAUUACUAAUUUUAAAUCACUGUUUAUUAUGUUGAAAAAAAAACUUUGGAUGAUUACAUUAAAAAAGAUAAAAAAGAUAAAAAAGAGGGAUUAAUUAUUGAUUUAAGAAAAAUAUUAGAAAGAUCUGAAAAUAAUCAAAAUUAACCAAAAGGGAAACAAAAAUAAUAGUAAGCAGAUUAAUAUUUAUACUAAUGUUUGGAUGUAAAUUCAUUUGGUUAAUAAUAUGAGAGUGUCAAUUCUCAAUUUUAGUAAUAUGAGAAUGUAAAUCCUCAUAUUUAAUAAUAAUUUAAUGUCAAUACUCAGAAUUAAUAAUAUAUGAAUGUCAACACUCAGGUUUAAAAAUUAUUGCUACUAUUGGACAUAUUCAAAAUCAAAUAUGAUUCAAAACUUAGGAUAGAUUUAGUAGAGACAAUACAGAAUCCUUCACAGUGGAAAUUCUGGUCUAAUUAUAAUAAGUAAGUGAUAAAUGCUUUUGAAACAUUUUAAGAGUCUUUUAAAGAGUUCGAAAAAUAAAAGUAACCCUUAAUGGAUUUUACAAACGACACAUUUAUAAAAAAUAUUAAAGAAUACAAUAAAGGAUUAGAAUUAAAGACUGGUUAAUAUAUUUUUUCUGCAUUAAAAGAAUUAGAGGAAUUUAUUUAAACUUUUGAACAUAUAAUAAUUUAUAGGGAUAUGACAAUAAUUCCUAAUUCUUCUAGAUAUUAAUAAUUAGAAACCAGCUUAAAAUACAUUUAGAGAAAGGAAAGUAGUUUUUAGGAGAAUUUUAGACUUAAUUUUAUAAAAGGGUUUUAAACAGCAAUGUUUGAAGAGAACUAAAAAUUAUAGUAAAAUGAAAAUUGCUAAUAGAAUGGGUUUUCAAAAUUUCAGUAGAUUAAUAGUUGGUAAAUGAUGUAUUUCUCAAUUUAUGAUGCAAUUAAAUCAGAAAUGACAAAGGCUCAUCAAGAAAAUGAUAAAAAGGACAACUCAGAUAGUGAGGAGAUAUCUUAAUAAAACACAAGUUUGAUAAAAAUUAUUAUGUCUAAAAUAGAGCAAGAAAUAAUAAAUUAUAAUAAGAGCUUUGCCAAUUUUGGCAUAAUAUUAAGUGGAAUUGGUGAGAGAUGCAUAUAUUAUUAUUCCAUGUUAAUAAUUUGGCGAUUUACAUGCUACAAAAAAGGAAAAGGAGUUUAAGAAAGUAUAUAAAAAUUUGAGAGUCUAAAAGAAAAUUAAUUAUAGAAAUUUAUUGCUGAUAUUAAAUAAAAUAAGACUGAAUAAAGUAAGCUAAAAGCUGAGGCUUUUAUUUGUAAUUUUUAUAAAAGUUAUAUCUAAUAUUUUUAUAGAGAUAAUUAAACAACUUUUGGUACUGAAAUAAAAAAUAAAAACAAAAUGACAAGCACAGAAUUAAUUAAGCUUUUAGACAAGACUAUUUUAGAAGAUUAUUAAAAAGACAAUUAAUUAAAAAAAUAUUCAGAUGAACAAAUAGUAUAAUAUAUAACUGAUUAAACUUAAUUUAUUGAAAAUUAUGUUAAGAAUGAAGUUGACAAGAUAGAAGUUGAAAUUAAAGAUUUGUUUGAAAAUAGAUUAAGAAAAAACCUAAACUCAAUUUUAGAAAAAAUUAAUGCUAAUGUAUAAUAAUUAAGAUCUCACACUGAUAUUCAAAAUCCUCCCAUAAAAUCAAAAGAGUAUUUUGUAAAUAAUGAGAAUGAUAAUAGUAAUGAUGAAUUUUAUGAAAGUAAACUUUUUGAUUUGAUAAUAUCAUGCCUACUAGGUGGAUAAUAAAAAAUGAAUAAAUUUCAGAUUUCGAAAGAAUACGAAGAAAUUUUUUCUAUUGAUUCUUAUCAAAAGAUAGAAGCUAAUAUUUUUGAUAAAUCUAAAUUUUAAGAAUCAGAAUUAUAAAUAUAACUUUUACAGCCUUUUGCAACUGAAUUAUCAAAAUAGUUAAAUAUUCAUAUUUAAAAAGCAAAGAAUGAAAGUUUAUCUUUGGAAAAAUUUAAUAGUUAUUAAGAACUAUAAACUAUAAAAUUAAAUAUGAUUGGCUGUCGUCAUACUUGUCCUAUGUGCAAGCGUAAAUGUGAUUAAUCUUAUUCAAAUGACCAUAAACAUAAAUGCUCAAAUGGUCAUUAACUUAGAGGUAUCUAUUAUUUUAUAUUGUUAAGGGAUGAAUGGAGUUUUAAUUGAAAAUACUCCUUCUUUAUUCACUUGCGAUGAAAUGGAUGAUGAAAGCCUAAUUGAAACUCUAGAAACAAAAGUAAGAAAAAAAUGGAAAGAUAUAAGAAAAAUAUAUGAUGAUUGGAUAUUUAAAGGUCUUGAUGAAACAGAUUAAUAAACUAUUAAAGAAAAGAUGAUGAAAGUAUGGAAUUAAGGGACUGGGUAAAUGAUAUGUUAAUAACUAAAAACAUAGUUAAAAAAAGACAUCAAAUUUGUUCUAAAAAAUAAUUUUUAAGAUGUAAUUAGGUAGCCCAAAAUUCAUUAUAUUUUUAUGCUUGAUGAUUCUUAUUCUAUGAAAGGAAAACGUUGGGAAUAUGCAAAAUCUGGUUGUUUAGGUUGCAUGCUAGAAAUAUAGAAAAAUUUAAAUGCUAAAGUCAGUGUUAUUAUUUUUAACUCAUAUGCUAGAACUGUUAUCAAUUGUGAAAUUGUAAAUCUGGGUGAAAUGGAGAAAAAAAUAUAAUUUAAUAGUGGGGGUACCGAUUUUGGGACAGCAUUUUAAGAAACAUUUAAUUUAAUUAUCCAGCACUAAAAUGAGGCAUUUGAAAAGUAAAUAUUUAGAAAUAUAUAGAACUGAAAUAUUAUUUUAUACUGAUGGUGAAGCAGCUUAUCCACAAUAAAUUAAACAAUUUAAAGAACUUCCAGAGCAUUAAAAAGCUAGAAUAUUUCUUCAUUGUAGUAGCGAAGAAUCAAAUGCCACAACAUUAUAAAUGAUUGUAAAUGAAUUGAAUGCUUGCCUAAUUAAAUCUGAGUUGAAAUAAAAGUUUUAAGUAACAGAACUUUAAAAGACUUGGGCUGAGAUCGUAAGUAGAGAAUACCAUAACCUAAAGGGUUGA